AUGGUGGGUAAGGCUCUGAAUGUCAACCUGGCCUUGGGUCACUGUGGCCUGGAUGUCAACAUGGGAGUGCAGGUCACCCAGGAGUACACCUCACCACCUGUCACCCAGGAGUACACCUCACCACCUGUCACCCAGGAGUACACCUCACCACCUGUCACCCAGGAGUACACCUCACCACCUGUCACCCAGGAGUACACCUCACCACCUGUCACCCAGGAGUACACCUCACCACCUGUCACCCAGGAGUACACCUCACCACCUGUCACCCAGGAGUACACCUCACCACCUGUCACCCAGGAGUACACCUCACCACCUGUCACCCAGGAGUACACCUCACCACCUGUCACCCAGGAGUACACCUUACCACCUGUCACCCAGGAGUACACCUCACCACCUGUCACCCAGGAGUACACCUUACCACCUGUCACCCAGGAGUACACCUCACCACCUGUCACCCAGGAGUGCACCUCACCACCUGUCACCCAGGAGUGCACCUCACCACUGUCACCCAUCCCACCCGUCCCCCAGCUCCUCUCACCCCCAGGGAGUCCCAUCAGCCACAACCCCCCAGCCCCCAACAUAAUGUCACACAGGAGUACACCUCACCACCUGUCACCCAUCUCACCCGUCCCCCAGCUCCUCUCACCCCCAGGGAGUCCCAUCAGCCACAACCCCCCAGCCCCCAACAUAAUGUCACCCAGGAGUGCACCUCACCACCUGUCACCCAUCUCACCCGUCCCCCAGCUCCUCUCACCCCCAGGGAGUCCCAUCAGCCACAACCCCCCAGCCCCCAACAUAAUGUCACCCAGGAGUGCACCUCACCACCUGUCACCCAUCUCACCCGUCCCCCAGCUCCUCUCACCCCCAGGGAGUCCCAUCAGCCACAACCCCCCAGCCCCCAACAUAAUGUCACCCAGGAGUACACCUCACCACCUGUCACCCAUCUCACCCGUCCCCCAGCUCCUCUCACCCCCAGGGAGUCCCAUCAGCCACAACCCCCCAGCCCCCAACAUAAUGUCACCCUGA